UCCUUUAGCAUGUUAAUCUAGUGGGCCAAAUCUGACUUCUCUUCGCUCACUGUCCCUCUCUCUGUCUCUCUUCUUAUAAAACCCUGUGUAUUCUCUUAGUUAUAAGUUCUAGGAAUACUUCUUCACUCAGUGUUUAGUGACCAUGAAGACGCGGUCGCUGCUAGUGUCACGGCUCCUGCUGUUGGUGCUUGUUCCUAUUUUAGCUGAGGCGACUUUCAGAAUAGAUCCAAGAAGCGGUAAUAAUGUUACCCUUACUGACUGUACCCUUAAUAUAUAUCUUAACGGCGCAAAAUUGUCUGAAAACAGUUAUAACCUGAUAGUUGAUGGUACUACUGAAGGUGUAUAUGAAUGUGGCAGUAUGAAUGAUAAUGAUGCCUUUGGCACUGUAACAGUUCUCCGUCAAUUUGUAAAAAAUGAUACUAAAGUACCUAAAAUCUUUACUUGGGGGCAACGUCAGGUUCUUGACUGCACUGGCUAUGUACCUGGAAACUAUCACGAAGGCUAUAAAGUUGCAUGGUUGCUAGAUGGGAGUCAAAGGUGUAUUAAAGACUCUGCCUGUGAAGACAAUAACUUCUACAUAAACCCCGAUAAUUUCAGUUUAAGUUUUGAUUAUUCUCCGACUUUCACCACCUAUGAAUGUCGAAUUGAACCAGAUAUUCCUGGGUCUUUAACGAAUGCCACUACAGUAGCAUCGUACACAUUGAGUACUUCAAAAAAUGAUCAAAUUCAAACUAAAUUUAUUGAAAACAUGGAGCCAGUUCUAGUUGAGAAUGGCAUGAAUAAAGUUAAAUUCUCCUGCUCUGCUUCAGUACAAAGCAAUGCCAGCAUUAAUUUUGAAGUAUCUGACCUAUCUGGCAAUGAGUUUAUCAGUCCUGCUGACUGUAAUGUGACCACUGACAACCCAACCGUUCGUAUGUGUUCUAAGACAUUACUAGGCACGAAUGUCAAUAUGACAUGUAACUAUUCUACCAGCUACCAGAUCGAUUGUACUUUCUCAUGGAAUUUAAUAAACAGCAGCAGAAGAGUCUAUCCAGUUGCUUGCCAUGUCAAUGAUAGUACAACUGAGACUAGUACAAGAACAGGACUCAUUGUCAGAGAUGAUAAAAAAUUGCCUGCUCCUGUGUCCACUUAUGGUGAUAAUAAUGAAAGCUUAUCAUCUCUUUCUGUAUCGCUCCCAUUUAACAUACCUACUUCAUAUGUCAGUGACACUAUUAAGCUUAUUGUCACAUUCAACAAUUCUAAUGAGAGAGAGUUUAAAUUCAACAAUAUGACUUUACAGGAUAAUCAAAUCACAGUUAAUUUAAGCAGUGUCGAUUUAUAUCCAGGACAAUACGAAGUCAGGUAUAACCUGUCUUUUUUUGAUGAGCCUUCAGAAGAAUCCCUAGAAGAAAUUAUUACAAUUGCUGCUCCUCCUAUACCAUCAACUAGCUCCUUACGACCAACUACAACUACUAUGAUGCCCAGUCCUUCUUCCAUGCCAUCAAUGUCAAUACCAAAUAUAUCAUCGACUCCAACUGUAGGACCUGUAUCACCUACUUCAACUAUCACUGCGGUAGCGGCUGGAAUAGCAGGUGUCACUGUGAUCAUAUUCAUCCUGAUAAUAAUAUUAAUACUACUAGUGAUCGGUAAUAGAUGUAGGAAGACCAAUAGUAAGAAGAUCAAUAAUAAAUCCUCUAAUGGUCAUCAAACUGGACGAGGACUAGAAGAAGGGAACAACGGGAAAUUUGAGCUAACCAAUGCUUCACUUUACAACCAGCACACCGACUCCUCAAUGCUUGGCGCCAAUAGUGCAGUGUCACUAAUCAACUCUGAUUCUCCCCCACAUGUACACAACGGUUGUAACUGCAGCUGUCACACUCGCUCUACUCAUUCUCAUUCCUCUGGCCCAUCCCAGUCCUCAACGACUAGUUACCAUUCACGUAUGCAGCUCACGCAGCAAAUAAACUAUGACAUGCCUCGCUAUGGUUACCCAUAUACAGCGGAGAUGCCUACCACGACAACUUCAAUGAUAAUGCCUCAAGCUAGUGCAGCCCCACCAAGCAGUCUUAAUCUUAAUCAGCAGGUACCUUCAGUUCAAGUCCAAGAGCCGACGCCAGUAAUGAUCAACGUACCUAAUCUCGUGUCUCCAACUGGGACUCUACCUUUUGAGUCCGACUCAGAACCGAAUCAAGAUACUCCACGUCCAAAUCGACCGACUCAUCUUGAUAUCCCGGAGAAUCAGAAAGGACGUCGCCAUGGGGAUGGGUCGUCCACGCCCGUUAAGGAUAGCAUCAUGUUAGCCGUCAUGCUUUACCUCCAGCAUCAGAACUGCACCAAUAGGAAGCACUGCCCGUGCUGUAAAAUGAUUACAAAGCAGUUUGAGAAAAUAGCACGUGAGCAGGGCCAGGACACUCUUGAUAAAGCAAUGAAGGACAUACAGACCCCAGGGACGGAGGGACACAAGCAAAUGUUGAGAAGACGUGGUCGUACCCCUCGCUCCCCUCACCGUGUUGGGUUCCAUCUCGGAGGAGACCUCAAACGACAACGCUCAAACUCCACCUCUAAAGUUCAUGAUGAAGAACUGACAUUUUCUAGUACUGAAACCGAGGAAGACGAGAAAUCAAUGAGAAAGGCAAGGAGCUCUCGUAAAGUCCACACUGAUGACGAAAUGGAUCUCUUCCUUCCUCUAAGCGCUGCUUUAAAUCCAGUCAAUAGUAAAGAGUUGGCAAGCUCAGAGCCUGAGCUAAACACUCCCAUCAUUGCUUUUCCUCCUUCAAUGACAUAUUCGGGCAUUACCCCCACAAACCCUGCCCCCAUGAAAUCCAAACGAGACUCGUCAGACGAAAGCAGUGGAACAGACGAUAUAAGUUCAUCUUCGUCUUCCAGGCCAAAUUCUAAUCCGCGACUUGAUAACAUUCAUCCAACUGACGAUACUUCGAAGAGUCUUCUCUUGUCAUCUGCAGCCACCAUAUUGGGCAGUAGUAGCAACACUGCACCUUAUAACAGCAAUAAACUCUCAGUUGAAAAUAAACACAACAGCAUAACUUCAUAUUCUUCCGGUUAUGUUUCUUCACAAUCGGAGAGCGAAAAGGAAGGCAAAGCUCCACCCCCUGCUCAAGCUUCCACUUACUUGCAACCAGUUCAUUCUGAUAAUGAACUCUCUGAUACCGACUCUUACAAAGAGUCCAGCCCCGCCCGUUUGAUUCCUAAGACCAAGAGAGAGGGAAGGGGUCCCUCUCCUGUACUCCCGUCUCAGGCUCCUCCCCAUAGACCCCAACGACCAGCCCCACGUCUAUCCGACCAUCGUCCACCGUACCCGGUCGCGACAAACGGUCUUCAUCCACAUCACGCAUCCCCUUCCCAUAAGAGUAGCACUAUUAGUUAUCACAGACAAAAUCGCAGUAUGCCUGGAGACUCCUCGAGCAUUCACAGCAGUCAAAGCGUCCGACUGAUCGAUUCCGAUCACUCGAGCUCCGGCAGUACUCACUCUAUUCACAGUGAUGGGGCAAUAUAUCCACCGACUGGUAGUCAUGGUCACAAUCACCAUCAUCGUCAUCAUCAUCAUCAUCAUAGCAAUAGGAUGGGGCCAAGGAACAACGCACUGCAUAACUCGGCCAACGUAAUCUCACUGCCGAGUGAUGCAUCUACCUCCACUGCAUUAUAGAUAGUAACAGUUUAGAGCUAUCAGUGUACACUAUUAUAUCAUAUAGACUUAUUAUUAUUGUGUUUUUGUUAAAGUGUUUUCUGUCUUGUAUAUUUUUACAAUAAUGCACCCUCCUCCUCCUACAAUUUAUCAUUGUUUUAUAAUGUGUGGAUGUCGUCAUGCUUGGAUUUUGUUUAGCAGUUAAUUUUAUUUGUCAAAUUAUUUUUGAUAUUAUAACUCACUCUCCACUUUCUUCUUAAGUUAUUUAUUACAAUUAUUUUUAAUUUUUUCUUACUAAUUCUCUCUCUCUUUCUCCCUCACUUACAAUGUCUAGUGUCUGAAUUGUCUUGAAAUCAUUAAUAUUUUAUCAUUA